UGAAAAAGGCUGCAUUGUCCAUGUCGCCAUGUCCAUGGUGAUGCCAUGUCAGAGGUCCUCACUGCUGAAGCUAUUCUGUUUGGAUUUUUAGUCCUUUUUGGCAUUUUGGGAAAUAUUUUGGUGAUUUAUGUGGUGUUUCAAACUGCAAUCAAUAGUCCAACCCACCGACUCUCAUCCUCUGAUACCAUUCUGGUCCAUCUAUCAGUGGCCAACCUGCUGACCUCUCUCUUUAGGACUGUUCCUAUUUUUGUGUCCGACCUUGGCCUGGAGCUCUCGCUGAAUGACGGCUGGUGCAGGGUCUUUAUGCUCUUGUGGGUUUGGUGGAGAGCUGUGGGUUGUUGGGUCACAUUGGCUCUCAGUAUCUUCCACUGCACCACGUUAAAACGCCGCCAUGUUGCUUUUGGACCUCUGGCUCAGCAGCAGGAGAGACGGAGAGUUUGGAUAGUCCUCGCUGUUGUGUGGGCCGCUAACCUUGCAUUUUCCCUUCCAGCGCUUUUCUACACUACUCAUGUUCAGGGCAACGUCACAGUUGAGCUCAUGGUCAUUAGCUGCACCACCAGACCUCUUCUGGGUUGCAUAUGGGAGUUCCCCACAAACCAACAAGGUUCAGCUUUUGCAUCUACGUCGCUUGCCCUAAAUGAAAUCUUGCCUUUGAUUUUGAUGAUUUGCACCAACCUGGCAACCCUGCAUGCCCUUGCCAGGCACAUAAGAGCAGUUACAGCAGGUAGAGAGGCAGGAGAGAGCCAAGAGGAACUGAGCAAACAUGUAGCAAGUGAGCGUAAAGCAGGUCACGUGAUCAUGUCCCUGGUGGCGCUGUUUGUUGUGUGCUGGGUUUUGCAGGUGGCAGCUGUGACCUAUUACAACCAUGACAGAGGGCACCAUACCGAGGGGUUGCUCACUGUGGCACACUUCUCGGCCUCUCUUUUCGUAGGUUUCAGCCCUCUAGUGGUGGCUCUAGGACAUGGUAAACUAAGGAGGAAAAUAGUAGGGAUGAUACAGCAGAGAUUGGAACUGCUGAAAUGCUGGGAAGAAACAAAGAAACAAGAAGAGCACGGUAAACAAACGGUUUCGGAUGUUCUUAAAGGGGGACACAUAAUACAGGUGAAAGAAACGCCUGAACACUGAUGAGUUAACAGAAAGCAUUUUUUUUUUUGUUUAUUUUUGUUUCUCUAAAACUACCUAUAGAUUAUUUGAAAAUCGUAUUGUUUUGUAUUUUUCUGUCUUUUUGCAACUGUAUUAAAUGCAGUC